AGAAAGAAUGGAAUAAUAUUUUAUAUAAUGGAUAUUAUAAAAUGCGUUAAAAUAAGAGAGAUACUUUUUCGAAACGAUGGAUUAAGAUGUUUGUGUAUACGAAUCGGUGUAGAAAACCGGAUCCAAGGAUGGCCACUUUCGGUGAGCGAUCCUCAGCUCGGUUCAUUGACCCCGAAACGAAAUUUUCGGGGGAAUACACUCGCGUCAACGCGAUGGUAUGGCGUUCAUCGGCUCGGUGAAUUCGAAAGGUGGCAAGGUCGAAACUUCUUCUUCGUGAGCGCAACCGGUUCCGUGUGCUUGUGGCCAAGUGCCAGAAUUUAGACGGGAUGGUUAGCCUAUUCGUUUGGCAUUUGGUUUUCAGUGAUCUACGGAUGGGGUACAACAGGUGUCGAGUGCCAGUUUAAAAAAAAUAUACCGCACCAUUUAGACACGCACGCGUGCUGCCCAGGCUCGAGAAACCACCGUUAUGAGAUCAGAAUUCUUGUUUUCAUCCAUGUUUUGCUCGAUGAACUCCUCGAUGCUCGAUAAGGGGAACUUCGAGAAUUUCAUCGCGAUGACGCAAGGGAAACGUUAUACCUUCGAAGUUAUUCCAUUCGAAGAGAUUUCUAUGAUAUUUCGUUCACCCCUUUCUUUCGUUAAUAAUUGAUAACAUUUUGAAUAUUACACAUUGUGCCAUCUUUUCGAGUAUCGCAAUCACGGAAACGUUACGUCCUACGCUUCUUCCUUUUCUUCUUUCUCUUUCCUUCCCCUCCUGUCGACAACUCUAUGUUUUUAUUUAUACGAAAAUAUAAGCUUAUCCGGCACGUAAUAUCGUACGUGUCCGCGUGAAUAAAAGAUCAAAGACGUGAGACGGAGCUAUAUGCACGUAAGUAGGCGUGACUUUGGUUGUGUACACGCGAUACAUAUACGAAAUCAAGGUAGGAAAGUAGAUGAGCGUGGCCGGGCGAGGGAAACGGAAUUGCGUAAUACGAGAAUCUGAUCUCGGAUGGGGAAGAGAAAGGAGUCGAUCGACGAGCGCAUUCGUAAUUUCAUGGUCCAGAAGAUGGUGUUGAAAAUAAUUGGCAUUUGGCCAACGAACGGUGAACGUUCGUUCUUCGGCAGAUGGAUUUUCGCCGUGACCACGCAAAUCGGUAUCAUCUACAUCCUGUCCCUGGAAAUCUAUCGGCAUUGCCUCGACAUCGACGACACGAUGGACGCGUUCGUCAUGGAUCUAUCCGCCGUCAUCAGCCUAGCCAAACUUUUUAUCUUACGUUUGAACUCGAAACACGCUUGGGUUCUUAUAAAUUCGGUGGUGGAAGAUUGGUCGGCCGUUCACGAUUCCCGCCACGAAUACAUUAUGACGGAGUACCUUAAGAAAGGGCGAAUCGUCUCUCUGAUGAUACUUUAUCUGGGCUACGCUUCCGGAUUUUCUUUCAUCGUCAAAGCAUUACCUUUCGGAGAUAUCCUGCCGUUCCAGAUGUUUCAAAACUCGAGAAAUUCAUCGAUGAAUCCGGAUAUUCCUUUGAAGUUGAAUUAUUUCCUGGCGUCCUAUUGCGUGUUCGGCUCGUUGCCUUUGCUCCAUCACGUUUGCGUGCUAGUGUUGCAAGGAAUAUUCAUUUUCGUCAACGCGGUUGCUCAUUGCGGCAACGACGGUUUGUUCUUCAGUCUGACUAUGCACUUGUGCGGCCAAUUCGAGAUCCUCAAGACGAGAAUUGCGAAAAUCGAGUUUGUCGACCGGAGAAAGAUCGGUCCACUCGUGAAACGACAUUGCCAACUCGCGGUACUCGUCAACGAUUUAGAGCAGACCUUCAACAUGAUCAUAUUCGUACAAUUAUUGAUGAGCGCAUUGCUGAUUUGUGUGGAAGGUUUUGUGUUUUUGGUCUGCUUGAGCACAAAGGACAACAUCGGUGCAUUGAAAAGCAUGGUCCUGAUGGUAACUUUGCUCAUACAGUUAUAUCUUUACGCCUACGCUGGCGACGCUCUUGAAUCUCGAACCGAGGAAAUCGCACAAGCCGCCUUCCAUUCAUUCUGGUACCAAUCUCGAGGACGCACAGCAAGAGAUCUAAUACUGAUAAUCUGUCGUGGAAAUUCCUCUUACCAUGUGACAGCCGGUAAAUUCGUUUUCAUGAAUAUAUUCACCUUCAAAGAGAUACUGAAAAGUUCAGCCUCCUAUCUAUCCGUUUUGAAAGUAAUGAUGGACACAUAUAUGCUGAAGAAAAUGAAGACAACAUCGAACAAAGACUUCGCUUACGCUAUGACCCCGUUGAAGUUCUUGGCAUGGCCCGUAGGCACUUGGCCGCUUCAGGUGUUCAAUACAUUCUCGAUCAUACGUGCUACGUUUUCAACUUUUCUUCUGUUGCUAAUGCUAACGAUCCUGCAAGUGGAAUUAUAUUUGGACAGCAGCAACCCGGAAUAUAAUCUAGAUGCUCUAAUAUUAAUCAAUGCCGGUAUUUUGGCAGUGACAAAGGUAAUAUGUUUUCAUGUACGGUCCCUAGGACUCGUCUCCAAUUUCACUUCUGCGGUUAAGGAUUACAAAGAAUUGAACAGCGAAGAAAAUCGAGUGAUUGUGCGCCGACACGCUUACAUGGGUAGAGCAGCGUGCAUCAGUUUAAUAUUUUGCUCGUAUGUCGGAUGCACGCUUUUCAUGAUUGUGCCUAUUGUUGCUGGGGAUAAAGAAGAAGUGAUUAAUGUAACGGAAGAAAGUGCAAUGAAAUAUCCUGUACCAUUUGAAAAUACAUUAAUACUUAUAAAUAUGCCGGAAAAUAUGUACUUCUUGAUUUUUAUUGUAGAAUAUUUAAUGCUGCUACUUACGACUACUGGAAAUCUAGGUAGUGAUUCGUUGUUCUUUAGUAUUGUCUUUCAUUUGUGCGGUCAAGUGGAAAUUUUGAGAUUAGAAUAUAAUAAAUUGUCAAACGAGAACGAAAGAACAACGAAACAUAUUACUUUAUUGAUCAAGAGGCACAUUUAUUUGUUGAAACUAGGCGACAUGUUGAAUAAGACAAUUAGCUCUAUUUUGAUCGUACAACUAUCUUCAAGUUGUAUGCUUAUAUGUACGACUGGAUUUGAAUUUAUUCUCGCUUUGAGCAUUGGAAAUAUCGUCAUGAUAGUAAAAACAUUUGCAGUAAUAUGCGUGCUCUUGAUACAAUUAUUCGCAUAUAGUUACGUGGGUGAAUAUUUAAAAACUCAAACUGAAGGUCUUGGUAAUUCGAUCUACUUCUGUACGUGGUACGAUAUGCCAAAAAAUGUAUCACAUAAUAUUACUUUUAUCAUUAUGAGAGCUCAACAUCCUGUUCUCUUAACGGCUGGGAAAUUCUUUGUUAUCAACAUGGAAACGUAUAUGAGUAUUUUAAGAAUUUCGAUGUCGUACCUUUCAGUUCUUCGAGUGAUGGUAAAUUCUUAA